UGUCUCCUCUCUUGCCUUAUGGUUCUGCUGGUCUCAUUUCCUGGAGGGACUCUGGCCAUGGCUCAUAUCCUGCUUCUGCUGUCAGCAGCAUGUCUGCAUGCUGGAAACUCAGUAGCAUACAACAGAGAAAAUGACUAUGGGAUCGACCAACCAGUUCUCCUCUCUGGAGUCCAGGGCGGCUCCAUCGAGAUCCCCUUCUCCUUCUACUUCCCCUGGGAGUUGGCCAAGGGUCCACAGAUGAGCAUAGCCUGGAGAUGGAAGCACUUCCAUGGAGACUUCAUCUACAACUCCUCCCUGCGUUUCAUACAUGAGCACUUCAAGGACCGGCUCAGCCUGAACUGGACAGAGGGUCGGACAUCCGGAGUCCUCAGAAUCCUCAACUUGAAGGAGACUGACCAGGCCACAUACUUCUGUAAAGUCUGGCUGAGCACAACAGAAGGCAUGCAGAGUUGGCAGUCAAUUGUUGGGACCCAACUCACUAUCCUCCAUGGUGAGCUAUUCUGGCUCAGGCUUCAAUACCUGUGGCUUCUUAGUCCCCUCGAUGUUACCUCAGACCCCACAACUUUGAACUUUGUUUCAUAGUCCUCUCCUUGGCCCUGCCCACACCUCUGCCAACAGUAUCUUUCCUUGUAGUUGUGCCAAGUGUUUGCUGCUUCCUCUGCUGUGGUCUCUGCUCUGACAGAACCACGGCCCACUCUGGGCUUCAGGAUGUGCCUUACUCCAUAGCUCACACCCUGAUUGUUCUAACAUUACAGUCCUGCUCACUUUCAUCCUAUUACCCCAAGGUGGAUGAACUUCUCCGGAUGUAGCUGGACUCUCUUGGUCCUGUGGCAGGGCUCCUAUUGGUCCCUGUAUGCAGCUUCUCCACACAGCUCCAACCUAAGCACAGAACAGACAGAUGCCAUUGGAUCUUCUUGAUGUCUCAUGGGCCAACUGUAAACUGCCAGCUGUCACCACAGUCCCUCAUUUUCCCUCCUAGCUCCCCAGGACACACCGGUCAUCUCUCCCUACCACUGCCUUGUCUCCUCUCUGUUUCCCUACCCCCCUGUCUCCUUCAGUGCUCUCACCUCUCACCUAAGACCACAGGCUCUUCAGUAAUAAUGUCCCCAUGUUCAUGAUGUGGCUGCCCCAUCUUCUGAUCCCUGAGACCUGGAGAACCAGCCCUGUUACUGUCUGGCCAUUACUGUCCCCUCCCAUCACAUGGUCCUAUAGGACCUGUGGGACUCUAUGUACUUCACUGUUGACCAUGACAUUGCUCUGUGGAUCUUGUUUUUUUCAUUUGUUCUUUUUAGGGGACAGGGUCUCACUAUAGCCCUGGUUGUCCUGAAAUCCAAGGCUGGUCUUGAAGUCACAGAAAUCUG